AAUGGAAAAGUCUUGAUCUUUUGCAUUCACCUAACCAACCUUCUUCGCAUCUUCCCCCAAUCUGAAAAAAAAAAAAUCUCCCCUUUAAGUAAAAGGGCUAAUCAAAACCCUAAAACCCACAAUCCAAUUCCAUCUCCUCUCCCCCCUCUAUUUGAAACUGAUACCUAUGGAAGCAACGGCGUUAUCAUCUGGGCUUCGUCCUCUUCCGAACCCUAACGGUUACAGACUCCCGAGGUCGUGUUCUCUGAGAAAGUCUCUGCCUUUAGCUCGAUUCCACUCAAAGGAGACACCUUUCGAACCUAAAGUGUCUCUCGCGAUCACCACGCAUCACCGUGGAUUGAGUUUCAAGACGAACGUGUUCGAGCAAGCCCAUCCUGUAGCUGGAGACCUCUCUUACGACGAUGCUAACCGUUCUAAUGUUGCUGAAGAUAAGAUCGGUGUCUUGCUUUUGAAUCUAGGUGGCCCUGAAACGCUUAAUGACGUGCAGCCCUUCUUGUAUAACCUGUUUGCAGACCCGGAUAUUAUACGGCUUCCUAGACCGUUUCAGUUUCUCCAAGGAGCUAUAGCAAAGUUCAUAUCUGUUGUCCGUGCCCCGAAGUCGAAAGAAGGGUAUGCUGCUAUCGGUGGUGGCUCUCCUCUGCGUAAGAUUACCGAUGAGCAAGCUGAUGCUAUCCGUAUGGCUUUGCAAACUAAGAACGUUUCUGCUACUGUCUAUGUUGGGAUGCGGUACUGGUUUCCUUUCACUGAGGAGGCUGUUCAGCAGAUUAAGAAGGACAAGAUUACAAGACUUGUUGUACUACCGUUGUACCCACAGUAUUCUAUCUCCACUACUGGCUCAAGCGUCCGCGUUCUCCAAGACUUAUUCAGGAAAGAUCCGUACCUAGCUAGAGUGCCAGUUGCUAUUAUACAGUCCUGGUACCAAAGGCGAGGCUAUGUCAAUUCCAUGGCUGACCUCAUUGAGAAGGAGCUUCAAACUUUCUCUGAUCCUAAGGAGGUUAUGGUGUUCUUCAGUGCUCAUGGUGUUCCAGUUAGCUAUGUAGAGAACUCUGGAGAUCCAUACCAGAAACAGAUGGAAGAGUGCAUUGACUUGAUAAUGGAAGAGCUAAAAUCUCGAGGGGUUCAAAACAACCAUAUAUUGGCAUACCAGAGUCGUGUUGGGCCUGUUCAAUGGCUGAAGCCAUACACUGAUGAGGUUCUUGUCGACCUUGGUAAGAACGGUGUCAAGAGUCUACUAGCCGUUCCAGUCAGUUUUGUGAGUGAGCACAUUGAGACGCUUGAAGAGAUAGACAUGGAGUACAGGGAACUAGCAUUGGAGUCAGGGAUAGAGAACUGGGGUCGUGUCCCGGCGCUAGGUCUGACGCCAUCCUUCAUCACCGACUUGGCUGAUGCAGUGAUAGAAUCGCUUCCUUCAGCGGAAGCAAUGGUGCACCCAAGUGGUGCGGGUGUCUCAGAGGAUGAUAGGGAGUCAUCAGACGCUUUCGGUUACAUAAUGAAGAUGUUCUUUGGUUCGGUUCUAGCCUUCCUACUGCUUCUCUCUCCAAAGAUGUUCCAUGCAUUCCGCAACCUCUAGAAGAAACAUGUUGAGGAUCUCUGAUGAAUAGUUGGUUUUGUGUUCUUUUUAAAUGUCUUGGUCAAGUGUAAUGUAUGUAGUCCAAUCUAUUGAAGUACUAGCACACCAUCUCUAGUGAGGUGAUGUGGUUUGAGUAGUUCAAUACAUUGGACUACAUAUAUUACAUUUGAUCAAGAUAUAAACUAGUGAACGGAAAUAAUGAGGGAAGAAGAGACGGGAGGAUUAUUCUGGGUUUUAGUUAUAAACAUAGUGCUACGUUCGUUCCUCCUAGAGAUUGAGGAAAAGGAAUAUAAUCUAUUAGUUAUUUUGGUUUUCUAUAAAAGCAAUUUGUCAAAUGCAUUCUUUCUUUUGUUUAUUAAUCAGAAGUUAAAAAAGUCAUCAUCUUUCAACACGA